AGGGAGACAGAAAUGGCAUCUGCACCAAACCUAGUCGCAAACCGCAAAUCUGGCCGUUUUAAGUGGGCCAUUGAGUUUGGGAGCGGUGGAAGCAGAGGUCGGGGUGAGAGAGGUGCUACACAAGACAGUAUCUAUCCUGUUGGAUAUUCUGACAAACAAGUACCAGACACCAGUGUGCAAGAGUCUGACCACAUUCUGGUGGAGAAGCGUUGCUGGGAUAUCGCUCUCGGACCUCUUAAACAGAUACCUAUGAAUCUAUUUAUUAUGUAUAUGGCUGGUAAUACAAUCUCCAUCUUCCCUAUUAUGAUGGUGUGUAUGAUGGCAUGGAGACCCAUACAAGCACUGCUUGCUACACCUGCCACCUUUAAGCUCCUAGAGAGCUCUGGUCAGCGGUUUCUACAAGGGCUGGUUUACCUGAUUGGAAACCUUUUGGGUCUUGCAUUGGCUGUGUAUAAGUGUCAGUCUAUGGGACUUCUGCCUACACAUGCUUCUGAUUGGUUGGCUUUCAUUGAACCGCCAGAGAGAACCGAAUACAUUGGAGGAGGCCUAAUACUGUAAAGCUAAAACUGAAGAUGCACAGAAGCCUUUUAUCGUAAAGAACUUUGCACAUUUUGGAAGCAGCUAACUACUGUUAAGACAGCAUAUUUUUGUUUUCUCCCUUUUAAUAAAUUAUUAUGACUUCAUAAAUUG